AUGCCAGUCCGCAGGAAGGAAGGCCGUUCGCGUUUUGGGGCGAACAAACCCGGACAACUUAGCGAUAGAAUGCGAAAACCACAAGCAGUCAAGUCGAGUGACUUGCGAUCGUCCGAGGCAACUUCACAGCAAGAGCGAAUAGAGGCGACACGACUCGCCAACAAGAUCGACGAGAAGCAAGGAUUCGAGCGGUUCGAGGCAGGCAAGAAGCGCGUAGGAUGGCUAUGUAAUAUGCACAGUACAGCCAUCGAGGACUCGAAAGUGCCUGGAGGACGAGCAGCUGUGGCCUUUUACUUCAUUGGAGACGAGGGAGAAUCCUUUAAAGCGAGUGUGGAAUACCAGCCAUACUUCUUGAUUGCAGUCAAGAAGGGCAAAGAGCCAGAAGUGGAGGAAUGGAUACGAAGAGGCUACGAAGGUCUCGUAAGAAGCGUGGAACGAGUCGAGAAGGAGGAUCUCAAGAUGCCGAACCAUUUGCUUGGCUAUCGGCGAACGUUCCUCAAACUAGCAUUCGCCAACGUCAAUGACUUGUUGGCAGUGCGGAGAGACUUGUCGCCAAUUGCAGAGAAGAAUAAGUCAAAGACAACAGCCAUGGACACAUAUGCGGAGGUCGCGAGCGCCAAUGCUGGAUUUGACUUGUUUGACGAUCAUGAAAUGCUGGACAACCGACAAACGACCAUUACAGAUGCCAGCGACUUUAUCGUCGACAUACGGGAGUACGAUGUGCCCUACCACGUACGAGUCGCCAUCGACUUGGACAUUCGGAUAGGAAAGUGGUACUCGGUGGAAGCGAAGCAUGGCAACAUCAAGUUGACAUGCCUUGAAGAACGCAUGACGCGUGCAGAUCCUGUUGUCAUGGCAUACGACAUUGAGACAACAAAACUACCCUUGAAGUUCCCCGACGCUGCGAUAGAUCAGAUCAUGAUGAUUUCGUACAUGAUUGAUGGGCAAGGUUUCCUUAUCACGAAUCGCGAGAUCGUGUCCGAGGACAUUCAGGACUUCGACUACACACCCAAACCAGAGUUCCAGGGGCCUUUCAUGAUCUUCAACGAGCCAAACGAGGAAGCCGUGAUAGAACGAUUCUUCAGCAUGAUCAAGGAGGCGAGACCGACUGUCAUGGUGACAUACAAUGGAGACUUCUUCGAUUGGCCUUUUGUGGAAGCACGAGCAAGCAUACAUGGCAUUGAUAUGUACCAGGAGAUUGGGUUCCGGAAAAAUAGCGAAGACAUCUACCAGUCGACACACUGCGCACACAUGGACGCCUUUGCUUGGGUCAGUCGAGAUUCUUAUUUACCCCAAGGAAGUCGUGGCCUAAAAGCGGUAACCGUUGCGAAACUUGGCUACGAUCCGGACGAGUUGGAUCCAGAGUUGAUGACACCAUACGCUCAGGAACGACCUCAGACGCUGGCAGAGUACUCUGUGUCCGAUGCUGUGGCGACCUACUACUUGUACAUGAAGUACGUGCAUCCCUUCAUCUUCUCGCUGUGCACUAUCAUCCCUCUGGGACCGGAUGAUGUGCUACGAAAGGGUACUGGUACGCUAUGUGAGAUGUUGCUCAUGGUGCAAGCAUACCAGAAAGAGAUCGUGCUUCCUAACAAGCACGUCCAAGCACGAGAGUCAUUUUGGGAAGGGCACCUGCUGGACUCAGAGACCUACGUUGGUGGUCACGUAGAGUCGAUCGAAGCUGGAGUUUUCAGAAGUGACAUCCCCAACAACUUCGCCAUCGACACUGGAGCCAUUGAUGAGCUUCUCCGAGAUCUGGACGCAGCGUUGAAAUUCUGUAUCGAGGUCGAAGAGAAGAAGAAGCUGGAAGACGUCGACAAUUAUGAUGAGGUGAAGGCACAGAUUGCGGAUCGGCUCAUGCAGAUCAAAGCACAGCCCAAUCGAAGUGAGAAGCCGCUAAUCUAUCAUCUGGACGUCGCCUCUAUGUACCCGAACAUCAUGACGACGAAUCGACUACAACCUGACAGCAUGAUUGACGAGUCAGUCUGCGCAGCGUGUGACUUCAACAGGCCUGGCAAGACUUGCGAUCGCAGGAUGCCCUGGUCGUGGCGAGGAGAGUUCUUGCCAGCGAAACGAGACGAGUACAACAUGAUCCGGCAUGCUUUGGAAAAUGAGAAAUUCCCCGCAAAGUACCCGAAUGGUCUAGCGAGGGCGUUCCAAGAUCUGAGUCUCGACGAACAGACUGGUAUGGUGCGGAAGCGAUUGACAGACUACAGCAAGAAGAUUUACCACAAGAUUCACGACACGAAGACCAUUGAGCGCGAGGCCAUCAUCUGUCAGCGCGAAAAUCCCUUUUACGUCGACACUGUCAAGGAUUUCCGUGAUCGUCGUUACGACUUCAAGGGCAAGCAGAAGGUCUGGAAAGGCAAGACUUCCGAUCUAGAAAAGGCUGGCGCGGCUUCAAACGAGAUUGAGGAAGCGAAGAAGAUGAUUGUGCUUUUCGACUCUUUACAGCUGGCUCACAAGGUCAUUCUGAACUCCUUCUACGGUUAUGUCAUGCGAAAAGGAUCACGAUGGUACUCCAUGGAGAUGGCUGGAGUGACUUGCUUGACAGGGGCUAAGAUCAUUCAGUUGGCUCGACAGCUGGUCGACCGUAUUGGACGGCCCCUGGAACUCGACACGGACGGUAUCUGGUGCAUUCUGCCCGCGACCUUUCCCGAGAACUUCAACUUCAAUCUCAACAACGGCAAGAAGAUGACCAUCUCGUAUCCUUGUGUCAUGCUGAACCACCUGGUCCAUGGAAAGUUCACCAACCAUCAAUACCAGACUUUGACAGAUCCGACUAACUUCAAUUACGAAACCCACAGCGACAACACGAUCUUCUUCGAGGUCGACGGACCUUACAGAGCUAUGAUUCUGCCUACUUCGAAAGAAGAAGACAAAAAUUUGAAGAAGCGAUAUGCUGUCUUUAAUCAUGAUGGAUCGCUGGCAGAGCUCAAGGGUUUCGAAGUCAAGCGAAGAGGAGAGCUGAAGCUGAUCAAGAUCUUCCAGCAACAGAUCUUCAAGUUCUUCUUGGAGGGCACGACACUUGCAGAGACGUACGGGUCGGUCGCCAAGGUCGCCAACAAGUGGCUGGAUGUGCUACACAAUCGUGGCAGUACACUCGCCGAUGAAGAGCUGAUCGAUCUCAUUUGCGAGAACAAGAGCAUGACUAAAACGCUCGAAGAGUAUGGUGCUCAGAAGUCAACUGCUAUCACAACUGCAAAGCGUCUUGCAGAGUUCUUGGGCGAGCAGAUGGUCAAAGAUAAGGGUCUGAACUGCAAGUACAUCAUCUCAUCGAGGCCAAAGAAUGCUCCCGUGACGGAAAGGGCCAUCCCAGUAGCACUUCUCAGCGCAGACGAGCCCGUCAAGCGUUUCUAUCUGCGAAAGUGGUUGCGAGAAGAUCCGGGAGAUAUGGACCCUCGCUCGAUCAUCGAUUGGGACUACUACCUUGAGCGUCUCAGCUCCGUCAUUCAGAAGUUGAUCACUAUCCCAGCCGCACUUCAGAAGGUCAGCAAUCCGGUGCCUCGGGUUGCACACCCUGACUGGCUUGCACGGAGGAUCAGGAUGAAGGAUGAUCGCUUCCAGCAGUCGAAGCUCACAGACAUCUUCCAGAAGCAGCCGCUAGCUGAGCGCGACCCUAACAUCAUGCCAAGAGCAGGUGGUGGUGAUAUGGAGGAUUUUGGAGCAACACCCAUGUCCAAGCUGAAGCCUGCCACUGCUGCCAAGAUCGUGAGCUCGCAGAAGCGAAAGGCCAUCGAUGACAAGCCAGCUACUGUCAACCCUUACGAUGCUCUGCCUGCGGUGAUGCCUUCGAUCACAGAAGACUACACAGGCUGGCUGAAGUACCAGAAGAAGAAGUGGAAGAUCCAAAAGGCUGCUCGCGCCCGACGACGACAACUUUUUGGUGAGAAGCGACAGGACGCUGCAGAUGCCAUCGGGUCGUUCUUCAGGAAUCAAGCCGAGCUUCUUUACACGACCGACUGGCAGAUCCUACAACUUCGAGAGACAGAGACACCUGGUGAAGUCAGAGCGUUUGUGCUCAUUGACAAGAAAGUCCACCAACUGAUAGUGGUUGUGCCGCGACAGGUCUUCCUGAACCUAAAGGAAGACGACUUGCCCGAUGUUUCUGUCGAUGGUGUGAAUGCAGAAAAGAUCGUGAACCACACAUUGCCAAAUGGCCAUCCUUCGAAACACUUGUUCAAGCUCACGAUGAGCGAGCAGAUCUAUGUCAAAGAGCAAGAGAAGCUGUCGAUGCUCUUCAACCAUUCAAGUGUUGAGGGUGUAUACGAGAAGCAGGUACCUCUCGAUGUUCGAGCAAUGCUGGAUCUGGGCUGUGUCUGCACCUUCGAUGAGAGCCAACGUGGUGUACUGGGCAAAGGUCUCGAGCAGGGGUUCGAUUUGUCGGCCCUUCGGACUGUGGCUCCCAAGAAGCCAUAUAUGAACACUUCACCCUUCAGCUUCCUUGCACUGUACCACAUCAGUGCUGGUGACCGACAAAUAUACGCGCUCUUUUCUUCAACCAAGGCCGAAGCAAAGAUAGUGGUGCUGAACAGAGCGCGGAGCGAGCAAGGCAUGCCCAACAUUGACCGCAUAUACGAAGAUUUGCUAAAUCGCAAGCUUGAGGAGACUGGAGGUCAACCGUGGCAAACUGUGAUUGACUACCAGGAUUCACUGCACUUCAAGUCAGUACAGGUCACUACGCAGCGACGAGCUUUGCAGGAGCUCAACGACGCUGUCAAGAAGAUUCAGAAGGAAGAGUCGCAGCCAAUCAUGCUGGUACUGCAAUCGCAUGGAGCACAAAUGCUGGUGCAUGAUCUGCCAAUCUUGCAGACGGUCCCUACGCUCAAACUUCGUGCAGAAGAGUCAGACAAGCACCUGCCUCCUCUCGGAUGGCAGUCUUUCGUGGCGAAGCGACUUGUCAGCCACUACUUGGACUUGGGCUCGUGGGUGACGUAUCUGCUGGAAUUCUCAAGGUACGGCAAUGUUCCACUCUGCAACCUGGAAAUGGAUGAUCCACGAUUCUUAAUCGACAUCGCGUACGCCCGACGGUUGCAGAAGGAGAAAGUUGUUCUAUGGUGGUCACAAGAUGCACGGCCGGACCACGCUGGACACGAGAAGGAUGACAUUCUUGGGUCGAUGGAAGUUGUGGACAUGCCUGCCGUGAACAAUCCAGGCACGUACUCAUCAGUCUGCAUCGACUUGAGCGUAAAGAACCUCGCGAUCAACACUAUACUCUCCGCCGCCGUGCUUAACGAAGCAGAAGGGUCAGAUCCAAUGGGCAUAUCUGGUGCGGGCGCGCAAGAAGAUGCACUGGAUGAAACUACGCAGACUAUUCAGUCAGAGAAUGCUUUCGCUGCUGCCGGCAUCGGUGCCCUGCGGGAGAUGGUCCGCGGUUGGUGGCAGGAAGCCUGCAAUGGUGGCAGCUCCAUGGCUGACACUCUUGUUCAACAUCUUGUGCGGUGGGUCGAGAGUCCACGAUCUCACCUGUACGACCGCAAUUUGCAUUACUACGUGCAGGUGAUGUCCCGCAAAGCUUUCCAACAGCUCAUGUCAGAGUUUCGGCGUGUCGGCUCACAUGUCGUCUUUGCUAAUGCUGGUCGCCUGCUGUUACAAACCUCGAAGGCGGAAGUUGGAAACGCGUUCGCGUAUAGUCAGUACAUCCUGAAGACGAUCAGCACGAAGCCAGCCUUCCACUUCCUAGACCUUGCCAUCACGGAGUAUUGGGACUACCUUGCCUGGUACGACGAGUUCAAUUAUGGCGGCAAAGGCUGCACAGAAGUCGUCGAGGCAGAGAAUCAGCAGCUCAAGAUGAUCAUGCACUGGCAAAUGGCAACAUUCCUCCCCCCAAUCCUCCAGCCAGAGUUCAACUCCUGGAUCGUGGAAUACAUUGAGCUCAUGCACCAACGCAAACGUCCCGAUGGCUUGAUCAAUGGCACACCACGAGCCACGCAACUCCCAAUUCACGCCUCCAUCUUCAACUCCGAGAAAGAAGACCAAACCACACCCGGCAACGUCCUCUCCAAGGUCUUUGCUAAACCCCUCCAGAAGAAAAUCCUGCAACUCCUCCGCCGCCAGCGAACGGAAGCCAUGAUCGAGGAACUCCUUCCCGACUGGACAUUCCCAACCCUGCCAGGGUCACACUUGAACCUACAAAACCCGGUCCUCGAACUUGUGAAAUCCAUCAUGCAAGUCCUAUCACUCGACAAGACAAUCACACUCGAAGCUCGUCUCCUCCGCAAAGAACUCCUCCACCUCUUCGACAUACGCGAGUUCUCCUCUGACGGUUCAUUCAUAAACCCCAGCAGCAGCUUGUCCCUAAAACAAAUCUCAUGUCCCGACUGCUGCGUCCCGAAAGACAUCGACCUCUGCCGCGACCAGGAUCUCGUCCCUGCCGACAGCCAACAACCUACCCUCGUCGCCAAGUGCGAUAAUCCUGGCUGCGGUGCUGUCUUCCAGCCUCUCGAUAUUGAAGAGAGGUUGAUUGGAGAUGUGCAGAAGAUGGCGGUGUUGUGGAUGACGCAGGACUUGAAGUGUCGGAAGUGUGGAAAGAUUAGGAUCAAUGAAUUUAUGGAUCAUUGUGGAUGUGCUGGGGAGUGGGUCGGGACUGUGAAGAAGGAGGAGUUGGUGAAGCAGCUUAAAGUGCUGGAGGGUGUUGCGAGGUUUUAUGGGUUGAGGAUGCUGGAGGGCGUUGUGGAGGGGUUUAGGGAGAGUCUUUGA